CCGGGGCUGAGUUCACUUCUGCCCCCCCGUGGGUAAAGCAACCACCGCACGGGAGUUUCUUUCAUUUUUUUAAACCGUGACACCCGAGGUUAGUGAUUAACCUGCUCUCCUCAGUCAGUCGGCCGGCGGGAUCCCCAGCCAGCGAGGCAUGCUGCCGCCCCGCCGCCGCAUCUCAGCAUGGACGAGCCGGCCCAACACCGACACGUAGCCGUGGCGCUGUACCAAGCCGGCAGCCCUGGCAGCCCUGACAACCAUGACAACCAGACCCCCACGGCCGGGGACGAGCCCGGGGAGGAGGAGAGAGUCCACCUGCGAGGAGACUACCUGGACGAGGAGGAUGCCGGCGGGCAGGAGGAGGCAGCGGGGAGAGGUCCCGACUCCCGGCCGGGCUCCGGGACGGGCACCGGGGCCGGGGCGCUGCUGUGCCCGCCGGCGCUCUGCUUCAGAAACACGCCGGGGUCUUCCAAAGAGGAGAGCACGCAAGCAGGCUCAGGGAAACCAAAGAAAUGUCCUGGUCUGGGUUUGUUCUAUGCUUUCCUGGCCACAGUUUUCUUCUCCAUCAUUGCCCUUUUGGUGAAAACCAUCCAGGGAAUUCACGCCAUUGAGAUCAGCGCCAUACGCUGCUUCUUCCAGAUGCUCUUCGUUUUCCCAUUGCUCAUCUACCACAAGACAGGUUUCCUUGGUCCCAGAGAUAAACGUAUUUAUCUGGUGCUUCGAGGUUUCCUGGGUUCCAAUGCAAUGAUCCUGCUCUUCUAUGCAGUGCAGCAGAUGCCGCUGGCGGACGCCACCGUCAUCAUGUUCAGCAAUCCAGUGUUUACCUCCCUCCUGGCUUGGAUUUUCCUGAAGGAGAAAUGUACUCUCUGGGACUGCCUUUUCACGGCCUUUACCCUCACCGGAGUCAUCCUCAUCGCUCGCCCGCCAUUCCUCUUUGGCGAGGUCGUCGGUGGCAUCGAGGGCGACUACACAAACCACGUCAAGGGGACUAUUGCUGCCUUUGCAGGAGCGGUUGGAGCUGCCUUUACGUUUGUUAUUCUUCGUAAGAUGGGGAAGAGCGUGCACUACUACCUCUCUGUGUGGUACUACGCCGUCAUCGGCCUCACGGAGUGCAUCAUCACCGUGUCUGUCCUCGGGGAAUGGAAAAUCCCAUCCUGCGGCCGCGAUCGCUGGAUACUGGUAUUGAUAGCUAUUCUGGGCAUUGCCGGCCAGACUUUCCUCACAAAGGCACUCCAGAUCGAGAAGGCUGGCCCCGUGGCCCUGAUGAGGACCGUGGACGUGGUGCUGGCCUUUUUCUUCCAGUUCGUUUUCUUCAACCGUGCACCGACCUGGUGGAGCCUCGGAGGAGCGCUCUGCGUAGUGGCGAGCACCAGCGGAGUAGCACUUAGGAAGUGGUAUACCAACUCUCGCAAGAACUUAAAGCGGUAGCUAUACAAAGUAUAAAAUUAGCACUUAGUGUCAUUUUUUUUUGUUCUUGAUUUAUUCUGUAAUUUUCUUGUUAUUUUAAUGCAAACCAGCAAGAGAGUUCAGGCUCCUUUUAAAGGGUUUAAAUCUGAACUCACGGCUUACUUUUGUAGAUUUCCACAUGUUGACCAUAAAGCGUUAACCUCGUUAUUCAGGUUGACGCAUUUACUUUUGCACGAAUAAACAUCUCUCUGCAAGGAAUUAAAGGAAGAAAAGUCCCGGUUCAUAUCCUGCUCCAUGGAGUCAGCGGGACAAGUUGGCCUUCCUAUUUUGACCUUAUUCAAAUAUACAACUGCAUAAAACUAGCUGAACGUUCAAUUUCAGCUUUGUGGCCAAAAAUAUAAUAUGACUAUUCACAUUACAUUGAAUUACUUAAACAUUAUAAAAUACCAACUUUAUUUAAAAACAAUUUAUGGAGUAAUGCCACUUUUGAGCACAUGGGCACAACAUAUCACAAAAGAGUUCGUGUGUGUGAAAGUUUGGGGUUCCAGUGGAACAAGUAUCACUCAUCACUUACACAUUGAGAAUCCUGCAGAGCCAAGAUUGGUUGCAGUUCCUCAACUGGCCACAAGAGGGAGGCUGCAGCUGUGAGUCAAUCUCCAUUGAUUCCCAACUUCAAAGCCUAAAUAAACAUAUUUACAGCCUGUAAUUGUUUUAUUUCACACCCCACCAAAACUCUGAGGGCCUUGAAUUGUUUAGUACCACGUCAGGAGAGUUUAUAUAAAGCAUUUAAUUUAUUUCAAAUAUAACUGAUUGACAGUCAGCCUAGCCGAUGCCUAGCUGUCAUCGCUUCCUGUCCCGUGAUUAUCAUGUCUACUGGGCUUAGUGAAGCAGUUCGUAUGUUCGGAUUAAUCCAGCACUCGCUAAACGCAACUGUCAUUUUUGAUUUCACCGUCACCGUAUGUGUGACGCAGCUCUGCAGAUAUUUCGGCGGGGUUCAGCUGAAGGAGCUACGAGCAAAGCUCACUUUUCUGUUUUCUGUUCCCGCUUCUUGAGCAACAUGGCUGCACCCCAUGCAAAGAAAAACGGGCUUCAAAACCAAUGGGUCACGCGACCAAAUGCUUCAUGCAUUGUUUUAUACUGUGGUUCUGUGGUAGUGCAGUAUUGUUAGUGGCUUUGUCCAACACAGCAGAUAUUUAUGCCCCUUUGUGGUCAGAAGUGGUAUUGCUACUUAGAGUGGCUUUCAUCUAAUUGCAUUUUACUUGGCACUUUUAAAUUAAGCACUUAAAUACAUACAGCUAUGACCUAUGAGAUAGGGUAUUUGCUACUUGGAUAUUGCAAACAAUUCAGGCCACAUAUAAUGGUGCAAAACAUAAAAUCACAGUAUUGGUUAAAUGUUUUUUUUACUUCAAAAUAGGACCAUUCUCCACGAUUCUCUCAGGGAUUUCUUACUUAUUGUACACCUGUGUACACCCACCCUGAUCAUGUUCCUCCUCCUUCCUUUUCUUUUCUCUGACUUUGAAGUGCCUACUGCAGGGAACUUUAUCCUUGUUCUGUGCGAUCGACUGUGCAACUUCCUUGUACUAUGCAGCUCAGAUUAUUCUGCUAAUGCAUCUAGACAUAAAUAUGAAAUGAUUUACCUAAGAGCCUUAUUCCUGCAAAGGCCAUGCAGAUUUUUUCAUGAGCACUGGAGUCUUACUCCCAGGUUAGUUCGCUCUUAAUAUGGGGUCCAAGCAGGAAUGAUGCAGCAUUACUGUUUUUGUUCUGACAUUUUUCUCCCCCGUAACCUUUAGCGUAGCAAAAUGGCAAAAGCCACAAGACCUAAAUACGUGAAGCUUGAUGACACAGUCCUAAAUCUCCCUCUAUACUUGGACCAGAAAAUAUAGGGUGCUGCUACCAUUAUAGCCUUUUCUUUAUUUGAUUCCAAGCCCAUUCAUUGAAUUAAUCUGCAUCUUUGUCCUUUUUGAUUUUUAAAAAUGUUGGUCCUUUUUUUAAAAUCUUUUUUUUUUUCCCAUAUAUGGACAGAAACUGCUGGAGCAGUUGCUCAAAAAUACGAUACAAGAACAUCCAAAGAUUUAGCUGUAGUUCAUCCAUCAAUCCAGUAUCUUUUUAUCUUUUAUGCUGGUUCAGGUCAUGGGGGUCCAGACCUCCUUCUCAAUCAUCAAGACAAUCACAUUUGAUCACUUCCUCACAUUUUCACUUGUCACUCAUAGUGCACUCAUAGUAGGGCUGGGCGAUAUGGACCAAAAGUCAUAUCUCGAUAUUUUCUAGCUGAAUGGCGAUACUCGAUAUAUAUCGAU